AUGGUGCAUGGAGUGCGUACGGGUAUAUCGCUUACCUCGGGUUUGGUACUUGGCAUAUUCUUGUCAGUGCUGCUGUUUCUACCCGAUGAACUGAUCACACCGGGAACGCCGAACGAGGAGUUAUCAAGUGAGCACUGGGAAGUUAUUAUCAAAAAAGCUGCAACCACUACGACUAAUGGUCAUUCUCAGACCCGGAAGGUCGUUAGAGCUGGAUUUGCGGCAACUGAAUUGGGAAUACGUGAAAAACUUGUGGUCAUUCUUCUCGGGCAAUCUUCGUUAAUGGUGGCACUGAAUGCAUCCAUCGGCCGGCAUGUACCUCACCUACAACUCUUUGCUGACAUCUCUCGUAUAGAUGGUGACAUAGCCAUUCUUCCCAAUCUCACACCGUACAGACUAAAUGGACAACAUUCGCAUAUGCCAGUUCUCAGUCUCAUUUUUAAUAUGGUUGGUUGUUGA